CAUAAUAGUAGUUACUCGUACUUAUAAUACACACAACGUAUCUUUAACUAAUUGAAACCUUAAUGAAUAAAUACGUAUCUUUUAUGAUUGCUCUGUAGUAACCAAAAUAAACUAUGGAUAUAAAAUACUUUUAGCUGUCUAUAUUAUUAUUUAUUCGCUGUGAUACCUACGACAGUAAAAGUAGGCACUGUGAUACUAUGCACAAUGCUAGCGAAUCAUAUGACAGUGGUGAGUAUCUAGUGAUCUAUUGGAGACUCAUGUACUGUGUAACGACAAGAUGAUGGAGAGAUCUACGAGAUCCAGCUUCGACGGUAACAGUGUUGAUAUUGGUGAAAUAACAGAAUCUCCAGAUACAGAGUAUAUGAGUACAUCCGCGAUACUACACUACUGCAAAUCUAAGAUAUUACUUCCAUAUUUGAAGUUACUCACAAUUAUGGGAUUACGGCCUUUAGUGGAUGUAUCGAAUUCGUCAAAAUUUGCAAUUUGUGUGUCACAUUUUCAUUCAGCUCAAGUAGCCGUAUAUAUGUUUCUAGGAUAUAUUCUGCAAUAUAUGUCAUGUUUCAGAAGGGACAGAGGUUUCUGUUACAAGUUGGUGCCUCUUGCUUUAGUGUCGCCUUUGGAAUAUGAGACAUACAAAGAAGUGUGUUAUGGAAACAUUGUUUUCACAUAUAUUGGUCCCAGUAUUUUACAUUUUAUAGGGUUUCUUUAUGCAUUGUAUUUAUUCAGAAUAUCCGAUAAUGAACAAUUACAAAAUUUAAUGGAAAGGGUUUUCCUUUUAUCAUCUUAUGCUCCCCAAGGCAUGCCUACAGCAAAACCCAGACGAUUGCUUCGUAUGCUUUGGUUCUUCAUAAUUUUAAGUGUCCUAUGGAUGUGUCUUUCCCUGUGCUCAGUCAAUUUGAUGAUGACUAGGGGGACCAUUAUGUUUAGGUGGAUGGAGUCAAGUUCUAAUGAAGUAGUAUUGUUAUUAAAAAUACUUCUGAUUGUGUGCACCCUCAUACACGAUAUGGUGCAAGCAACUGUAGUCGCUAGUUAUUGUCUGCAAGCGCAACUAUUGCAGGCGCAUCUCAUGUUCUUAAAAGAACGUUUGCUCAACAGAACUAUAACGCCGCUAAAUUGGAUGAGAGAAAUUGCAGAAUUUCGUAAGUUAUUAAAAUAUUUAAACAAUGAUUUAGCACCUGCGGUGUGCAUGUUCAUAAUCGUUAAUAUGUCAUGGGCGGCAUCAGGGCUCAUGUGGAUAUUGAAUUUGGAUAAAGUGGAUACUCAAACCGAACCUAUGAUGGGCAUUAGUGUUCUCAAUCAAUUUUUGUGGAUAUCAGCAGUAAUUGUACCUUUUAUACAGGCAGCCCGUCUUUCGAAAGAGUGUCGACGGACACAAUCCGUUGGACACGAGCUGUGUGUGCGACCAUUUCUUCACCAAGAUACAUCUCAAGAAGACAUUACCACAGUACUUAUGUACGCGUCCACGCUCAAACUAAGAGCGAAACUGUUUUACUAUCCUAUUGCUGGACGUUAUUUGUGUCUUAUAUUAACUCUUACCAUUAUUAUGCUCUUUUCUUUAGGCAUGUGUCAUUAUUUGCAAUGAUUUUAGUAGGUAUUAUAAUAAAACUAUUAUAUGGACUAAUGGUAAUUUUAUUUAAAUAUACUAUGUAUUCGUAACAUUUGGCACUAUUUAAAAUUAUCUACACAUUACCUAAGUCCUUAUAUUUUUAUAUAUUAUUCUAAUAAGAAUAACAUGGUAACACUACAAUUGAAGCAGGUUUCCUUAUAUCUGAGAAUAUUUUUAGGGAACAAAAUAUUUACUUACACUCAACAACAAUGAUACAUUUAUCUAAAUAAAUUAUUACAGACCUUUAUUCGUUGAGUAGCGGUCGUCAGUUCAAUCACCGACAUAAUACGAUAACAAAACAAUAAAUACGAAUAUGGUUUUUACUUUUUAUACAUUUACAAUGUACUGCUAUUAAUCACUAGCAGUUUUCCGUCGCCCUGCGUAGUGUAUAUAGAUAAAUUAAAUUGCGAAUUUGGAUAUUCUUGUUUAUUAAUUGUGCAACGCAACAUAUAUAAUAUAUUCUUGUUUAGACCUUUUCUGUGUGACUGCCGUCGAAAUAUUUUGCUAAUGCAUUAUCUUAUUUCUGGCUUUACACCAUCAUAUUACUAACUUGCGAAUUAUCAUAUUAGAAACUUAGUGCCGGCGAAACACAACACUGUAAUACAAAAAAAUCAACAAUAAUAGGUACAAAGGGAUAGUAUUUAGUGUUCAUCGCCAAGGUCAAAGUUAGCCAGCUUCUAUAUUGAUUCCGUCACUUCUUAAUCGACUCAGAAUAAGAGUAACCUUACUUACUAAUUAUGUUAUUGUAUAUUAUAAUUGGUAUAUGGUUUCAAUUAACGGUUUUUUCUUUUGCACAGGUGUAUUUGUUAUUUGUUUCUGGCUACCAUUUUCUUAUGAUUUAUGAGACAUUGUAUUUAUACUCAGUUUGGUACGGAUUGCAGAUAUUAAUUAAUAAGUUAAAUAU